UUUGGUUGGAUAGACAAACUUUGCAAACAAGCAACUGGUUGUUAUGCUGAAGUAUUUGGAGGAAUUUUAUUAUUUUUAACUGGCGAUCCAGGUCAGUUACCACCAGUGGCUGAUAAACCUCUUUAUCAUGCAAAACCAUCUAACGCAGUUGGUGAAAAAGGCUUUCAAGACAAAAAAAUUCCUUCUGAUGACAUGUCUGGCUUAGAACCAGUUGUUUUUCUGGGUAAAGGUGCCAGAGUUAUGCUAACCAUGAAUUUGUGGUCAACUGUAGGCCUGUGUAAUGGAGCUACGGGAAAAGUUGUUGAUAUUAUUUUUCACAACAACCAUCAACCACCAGACUUGCCUAUUGCAGUCAUAAUUGAGUUUGAUAACUAUAGAGGUCCUGCUUUCCAUGUAGACAAACCAUUUUGUGUUCCAAUAUGUCCAAUCACAGUCUCUUCACAAUUAGAAACUGGAUUUCAUGAGAGGCAACAGCUGCCUCUAAGACUUGCUUGGGCUCUAACAAUACACAAGAGCCAAGGACUAAAACUUCCUAAAGCGUGGAUAGAUAUUGGCAAGUCUGAAAGAACUGGAGUUUCGUACGCUGCAAUAAGCAGAGUAAAUAUUUUAUCUUGUGUCAUUGAACCAAUGACUUAUGAGCGAUUAACAAGCUUGAAAUCAUCAGCUAAUUUACAAUACAGGAUUGAAGAGGAAGACCAAUUAGAUAGUAGUUUAGCAAAGACUUCUUAUAGCAGUGCAUUUUAA